ACAUCACUGAUUGUCUUUAUGGCUAUUCUUAAAAUCCUAUCUUAGAUUAUUCACGACAUUCAAAGACCAGAUUCUGACAGAUAGCCAUAAUGUUGUAAAAGGAAUUUUCGUAUUUGAUCAGAUGGCCAUGACACCGGCCGUCUGCAGAAUCCCUGGACCUGUCCACAUCCCGACGUAAUCUCGCGUAGUACUCGCUUUGGCUACAUGCAGAGACGCCUCAAGAGACUCCUACCCUACCAGCCCACGAGUUCUCACCCCACUUCUCGCUGUUCCCUGCCUAGGUAGUAAAAAAAGAAAAGGCAACUUGAGGUAGCGGUAGAUCUGAUCUGCCACCCUGGCCCUUCUGUUACUUCUGUUACUAGACUUGCAUUACAACUGCCAUCUGGAGAAAACAUUAAUCAAGGCUUUCCCUAUUAAUAUCGACACACCUUUCCACCAAACUAGACGUGGCUUUCACAUUGUGUAUCCUCUCUAGACCAACAAUCAUAUUAGUUUUACUUCCACAACAUACACUUCAUCGGUGUCAGCCAUAACAUUCACAUCUGCACAUCCACUCUUCUUUCAACUUUUGAACCAAUCUAAUCGACUCUAUCGUCUAUCCCUUUCCAUAUCAAGAUGCCACCCCUCGACAUCGAUUCUCAGUUUAGGUUCCUCAUCGUGUGCAUCAAGCACUCAACCGCAGGAAAAGUUGAUUUCCAGGAAGUUGCCAAUGAGUGCGACAUUGUCUCCAAGGGUGCUGCAGCCAAGCGAUACGAGAGAUUAAUGAAGGCCCACGGAAUCACUCCUUCUGGUGGCUUGAGUGGCCUCAAGAAGGAGCCCAAGGAUUCCAAGGACGGUGUCAAGACCCGCACUCCGAACAAGAAGCGCAAGCUUGCUACUGUCGAGGAGAAUGCUGGUGACAUCGACGAGCCAAUUAAGACUGAGGUCAAAGGUGAAGUCAAAACCGAAGAUUCGAUCGCCGUGAAAGUGGAGCAGGAGAAUGUUAGCGGUGCAACUGCUGCCGUGCUCGCUACUGGACCAGGCCUAAUGGACCAACCUACCACAUCAUCCUCUACCAAUGCUCAAAAUGACGAUGAUGAUGAAGUCUUCGUUGUUAGUGCUACGGAGAGGCGCGAUGACAGGAAUACUCUAGCAUACGGUAGCAGCGGCCACCACCAUUCGCACUCGCACUCGCAUUCACAUUCGCCUGCUCCGAUGAUCCCGGGGAUCCAUUCGAUUGAUUACACUGCUAACCUGGGAUUCCCUCAGCAGAUGCCACUAACGGCGCCUUCGACGAGGAUGCCGACGUCGCAUGAUACCCUCCCCUACGGAUUCCCCGCUGCCACCUGGAUGUACCCACAUGACACACAUGGAUAUCUUUAGGAAAAGCUCGACAUAUCACAACAUCUAC